AUGAAUGAAGACAAUGAUUCACUUGAAGAAAUGAGCACGGAGAGAUCAUCUGAUUCUGAUGAAAGUGAUGGAGAAGCAAUUUCGAUUGAGGACAUAGCGAGAGAGAAGAAAUCAAUCGAUGAAAACUUGAUCGACGCCUUCAGAGGAGUUUUAAAUGCAACACAAGAAACUGUUAAUGAACACACCAAGACUGCCAUAGUGAUCCUCAAAGCUACAUACGGUCGAGUUCUCCGCACGCAAAAUAACGAACUUGAGGAGUAUUUUUUCAAAAAUCUGCAAGCGCGAUAUCAUGUACUUCUUCCGAUUGGUAGGAACGUUAGUGUUGAUAAUGCUCUACGAAUGUUACCACGGGCCGCCGUCCUUAUUUAUAUAUGGAACGGUCAACCAAUGAUCGUGGACCAACUUAUCAGCGAUUGUCAACAGUGUCUCUUAUUUGUUUCAAAAGAAGUCCAAAUCAACUGUUUAUUGCUCUUGGGUCGAUUAUUGGAGUGGUCAGUCCGUCUUGGGAAAAAUGGACAUGUGUUGUAUUCAUGUAAAAGAGAGAAGAUUCUAAAGAGUUUGCUGCUCUUCGCUAGGUCAAAAGACCCUGAAGUUCGAGUAGCUUGUGUUAAAGGCUUGACAGCCAUUCAAGAUGAACCCGUUGAGUCAACUGUCCUUGUUUCACCAAAAGAAGCUUUGUUCAAUAUGCUCCAAGAUCCGGAUUGGCGAGUUAGAUCGGCUGCCGUUUCUUCGAUAACUUUUGUUGAUACGCGUUUUCGUGAUCGUGUAAUUUACAUGUCACAAAAUGAUGAUCAGCCAGAGAUUGUCAUUGCAGCAAUGAGCCGUUUGGCAAAACAAGAUCCACUUGAUUUUCAAGCUAGUCAGAUCUAUGAAGCUCUAUUUGGGACUUUGAUGGACAAGAAUAGUCACAUCCGAAGAUACGCGCAAGACCAGUUGGCCUCACAAUGGAUUAGUCAAAUUGUCAUGGAUGCCAAUCAGAAAGGAAGGAAGACGACAAGAAGCAAAUUAGACGGCAUUGCGCAUGGACUGUUUGUCAUAUUGAAGGAGUUUUCGGCAACGAUCUUAACCAAGCAGGAUCGGAAUUGUCGAGCACUGAUAGAGCGUCUUUUAGAAUAUUAUCAUCAGAAUAUAUUCAAUGACUUGCCCAUUGACGACUUUAUCCGUGAACUUAUAGCUGGUAUCGCUCCGACUGACAAUAUCAUCACUGUUUGGACUUUUAAGAAGAUUAUUUGGAGGCCGAUUCAGUUUUCUUAUCCAGCUAUCUUUUUCUGGAGAGUUUUGGUAGACUAUGUCAAAAAGUGCGCCAAGGGAGAUAAUGCCAGUCUGCUCGUUACCCUUAAUCGAUUAUGCCCUACGUUGCAAGAAGCCUCUUCUGAGAUUAAUAGCCAGUUCGCUGAAAGGGACGAUUUGAUUGACACCUAUGAUAAAUCCUGGUGGACACUCUUUAACGAUUUGCUGACGGUUCUUUCGAUUUUGGACAAAGAGGAAGCUGGAAUGGAGACCUAUCGAAAGUUUUUGCUUCGAGUUCUCACCAACAUGGUUGUGUCAAGGACUAUCGUUGAGUUUGCCGUACGGGAAUACAUCGACUCUUUUUUGCUUGAUGCAGAAACGGAAGAACAACAAUUUGUUGCGGCUAUUUGGGGUGAUUUAAUUUAUCACUUAGAAGAUGCUAUCACCACUUGGUACUCCAUUAAUGACAUCCAGCAAGAAUUCAACGAAGAGGGUGUCUUGGUCUUACAACAUGAGCCAUUGGGUCAAGCUUGUAUGGUGAUCAAUGCAAUGCUGAAAACAAAUCGCUUUCGAGGAAUCCGCCUAGUUGUGCAAAGAACUCUCCAAAAAUAUGAUGCUCAACCCCGUCAAUUGAUUCUGAAUGGAAUACUGAAACGUUUCACACAGAUCUUACCCUAUGAAAGGGACAUUAUUGUGAUCUUCAUUGAGAUGAUGGCCACAUUGUGUAUGCAAUUUCAAGAGGAUUAUGAAACAUAUGUACCGAUUCUAUGCACAAUUGCUUAUGAGAUUCAAGAUAAUGCUCUAUUACACCAAAAUUUGAUUGUUGCAUUGACCGAUGUCAUUUUGAUGAGUAACUACGAGAAGAUUCUGACUUUGGCGAACAGUGAUGAAAAUAUGGCGAAACGGCAAGAUAUUCCAUUCGACUUUAUUGAUUAUCUAAACGACGCAUUGAGGAACAUUCCGCUUGAUGUUGAGGUCGGUAACUAUGAAAAUGUCAUUUACGAAUGCGCUUCGAAAUUUGUGUUGCAUCAGCCACGAGCCAUCGGAGUGUGUCGACUAUUGACCACAAUGAUAGCUAGAAUCAUGCAUCCUGAAUCCUUUGAGCGACCGUUUUUGCGAUCAAUGCUGAUGAGCUUCUUUGAAAUUUUCCGUGGAGUGCCCGAAAAUCAACGAUUAAUUGUUGACGCAUUCAUUGACUUAUUCGACCAAAUUUCGGAACAAACAGAAGAAACUCUUUCGGAUGAAUGGAAGCAAAUAAUUGCAAAGCUUGUGCCAGAGAAAGUUGCAGCCUUUGUGACUUUUACCGUCUCAGCGGAGAACUUGCAUUUCCUAGUGAGUAGCGAGAAAUCGCAUAGCAAGGACAAUCCCGAUCCAAAGGCCAAAAGACGCUCCUCGUUACCCGAUGAUCCCAAUAAAGUCGUGAGCACACAAGGUUACCUCAUAAAGCUUGUGAUCGAGCACAUCAGGAGAGAAAUAAUUUAUGUUUCUAAAAACAAAUUGGAGAGCCUUCAUGGAAUUGGAGAUAAACGAUACCCAGUACUUGCCGCUUACGCUAGUGUGUGCAAAUACACUAACGUGGGAUUUGGUUUUACCCCAAAAGGUCUGUUGCGACUCAAGCUGGAUGUUGAUAGGAUACGAGCGGAUCUUGCGUCACUAAGCCCUCCACCGCAUGCCUUACAAUAUCUGUUUUCGUUUUCGCGAAGUGCCGAAGCACGUCUUCGCCGUGCUGAAGAAUCACUAGAAAGGAACGAGGAUGCAAAUCAACCGGGUACUAGCAAAGCAAAAACUGAUGCAAAAACUGAUGCAAAAACUCCUCGCAAAUCUGCUAAAAGGCCUUCUAAAAGCACAAAAACCGAUAAGGAUAAACUUAAAGAGUUAAUGAGCGCACCAUCAGUUAGAACAUCAAGGGCUAGUGGAAGUAAUACUCGAAGCGCUGCUAGGGAUUUGAAUGAAACGCCGCGUCGACAGCAGCCACAUCGGGCGGUCAGAAAAGCAAGGUAUGUGCAUGAAGAUGUAAUCCCUGAAGAAGUCUACUCUGAUGACGAUUCAUCAAAAAGGAAACUU